ACACGUAAGCUGCAAGCACCAUUAGCAGUGGGAGGAUUAAAUAAACAGGAGGAAAAAUAAGAGCAUCAAUGCUAAAAAAAAAAAAAGUUGAACACUUCGCUUAGAGGGAAAAAAAAGAAAUAGAAAAAAAGACGACAAGAUGAAUUUCCAGUCCACAGACCAGCCUCCAAGCCUCACUAUCCAAUAAGAGCUGUCAGGGGAGGCACUGAAAUCACUUUUACAUAUCCCUUCACUGUUUUCUUCAGCAUCCAGGCACGUUGGAACAGCUCACUGAUAAAAUUCAAGGAUUUACUGGGAAUAUGCCUGCUAUUUUACUGGAGAUGCUCUGCUGAUGUGUACAGAGACAGAACUGGGAACUGCGUCUUGCCAUCAGGACACAGAGCUUGAAAGUGUCAGUCUCUCCAUUAGGAUGAAAAGGCACAGGGCGCACAGUGAGUGAGAGAUGCUCAUACACCAGGGAUUCUUGGGAGCAUCAUCUAUGUCAAGUAGAUCAUUUUAAUUCAUUCUUAGCUGAAGGCUGCUGAUGAAGACGUUGGCUGAUCACUAGCACAGUUACAUCCAUGUACACAAUCUUGAAUGUAACGCAUCAUUCAGAUCUGAACUAUUUGUGUUUACAUUUAUUGAGCUAUAAACGGAAGGAUCAGCUGCAAGUAAAUAUUCCUCACUGCAUGAUGAAUUGGAUGAGAACAAUUUGGAAGUAAGCAGAGCAGUCAUUUCAUGUUGUCGGUGCUCCCUCCAACCUGUGUUACAAUGCCAGAAAGACUUGGGGAAAUGUUCAUGGAUGUUUGGACUCCAUUAAUCAUAUUGUGGAUUGCUGUUCUUCCUCAUGUUUAUAUGGCUCCAAAGAAUGAAUCUCACACACUUUCGACGAAUGGCACAAUGGAACUUAAUGGAGUCAGCGAAGAGCAAAAAUUAUUAAAUCGUUCCAAAAGAGGCUGGGUGUGGAAUCAAAUGUUUGUGCUGGAAGAGUUUUCUGGACCCGAACCAAUACUUGUUGGAAGGCUUCACACAGACUUGGAACCUGGGAGCAGUAAAAUCAAGUAUAUUCUUUCAGGAGAGGGAGCUGGGACAAUCUUUGUGAUCAAUGACAAGACUGGAGAUAUUCACGCAAUGAAAAGACUUGAUCGAGAGGAAAAGGCUGAAUACACACUAACAGCUCAAGCUGUCGAUAAGGAUACAAACAAACCUCUGGAGCCUCCUUCAGAAUUCAUUAUCAAAGUUCAGGACAUCAAUGACAAUGCACCAGAGUUUGUUAAUGGACCAUAUAACGCCACUGUUCCAGAGAUGUCCAUUGUGGGUACUUUUGUCACAAAGAUUACAGCAACAGAUGCAGAUGAUCCGGUCUAUGGAAACAGUGCCAAGUUGGUAUACAGCAUUUUGGAAGGCCAGCCUUAUUUUUCGAUUGAACCUCACACAGCAAUUAUUAAGACUGCACUUUCUAAUAUGGAUAGAGAAGCCAGAGAAAAAUAUAUUGUGGUCAUUCAAGCCAAGGACAUGGGUGGACACAUGGGUGGGCUCUCUGGAACUACAACAGUUACAGUUACUCUAACUGAUGUCAAUGACAAUCCUCCCAAAUUUGCAAUGAGCCAGUAUCAGUUUGUAGUGCCAGAAGAUAUUGGCAUUGGUGACACAGUUGGUCGGGUGAAAGCAAAUGACAGAGACACAGGAGACAAUGCAAAAUCAUCUUUUGACAUAAUUGAUGGCGAUGGUAAAGAUGUGUUUGAAAUGAGUACUGACCCCCAAACUCAAGAUGGAAUGAUUCGGCUAUGCAAGCCUCUGGACUUCGAGAGAAAAAAAUUCUAUAUUCUGAAAGUAGAAGCAGCCAAUGUCCAUAUUGAUCCCCGUUUCAUCAGCGGGGUACCAUUCAAGGAUACAGCAACGGUAAAAAUUACAGUGGAAGAUGCUGAUGAGCCACCUGUGUUUUCAUCACCAACUUACCUUCUGGAAGUACAUGAGAAUGCUAUUAUUAAUGGAGUAAUUGGUCAGGUGUCUGCUCGUGAUCCUGAUGCAUCCUCUAGUCCAAUAAGGUUUUCAAUUGAUAGACACACCGACCUUGAUCAUCAAUUCAAUAUUAACGCAGAUGAUGGAAAAAUAAAGUUGGCAACUGAACUUGAUAGAGAAACGAAUAUGUGGCACAAUAUCACAGUUGUAGCAACGGAAGCAAGAAACCACAGUCAGAUAUCUAGAGUGCCUGUUGCUAUCAAGGUUCUCGAUGUUAAUGACAAUGCGCCUGAAUUUGCAACAGACUAUGAAGCUUUUCUUUGUGAAAAUGGAAAACCUGGGCAGAUCAUUCAGACAGUUAGUGCCAUUGACAAAGAUGAUCCAAGGAAUGGGCACUUUUUCAUUUAUAGUCUUCUACCAGACAUGGCUAACAAUCCAAACUUUACAAUCAAGAAUAAUGAAGAUAAUUCUCUUAGUGUACUGGCCAGGCAUAAUGGAUUUAAUCGGCUAAAACAAGAAGUAUAUUUCUUACCGAUUAUAAUAAGUGACAACGGCAAUCCUCCCCUGAGCAGUACCAGCACUCUCACUAUAAGGGUCUGUGGUUGCAGUAGCGAUGGUGUUGUUCAGUCAUGUAAUGCUGAAGCUUAUGUACUACCCAUUGGACUCAGUAUGGGAGCUUUGAUAGCCAUUUUGGCAUGUAUUGUUCUUUUGCUUGUUAUCGUGGUGCUUUUUGUUACUCUUAGAAGGCAUAAAAAUGAACCUCUUAUUAUUAAGGAUGAUGAGGAUGUUCGGGAAAAUAUAAUUCGUUAUGAUGAUGAAGGUGGUGGAGAGGAAGAUACAGAAGCUUUUGACAUUGCUACUUUACAAAAUCCUGAUGGGAUAAAUGGAUACUUACCUCGUAAGGAUAUUAAACCUGAUUUUCAGUUUAUGCCCAGACAAGGUCAUACAUCUACUCCUAAUGGUGUUGAUGUGGAUGAAUUUAUUAAUGUGAGGCUCCAUGAAGCUGAUAAUGAUCCCACAGCUCCUCCCUAUGACUCCAUUCAGAUUUAUGGAUAUGAAGGAAGAGGAUCAGUGGCAGGUUCACUUAGCUCUUUGGAGUCUUCAGUAUCAGACUCAGAUCAAAAUUUUGACUAUCUUACUGAUUGGGGUCCUCGUUUUAAAAGACUUGGAGAACUAUACUCAGUUGGAGAAAGUGACAAAGAAACUUGACAAUGAGCCAACUUUUUGCAGACCAGACAGGCUUAAAUUCUGUAAUAUUUUAGGGUCAUUGUUAUUUAUGACAAACGUGGCCAACUUGUUUUAGAGACAAAUUAGCACCAGUCAUCUAAAAAUAAAUUGCAUUGUAACAUUGAACCAAAAAAUGUGUAUGUUAGGGGGUCAGUCUUGUGGAGUAUAAAGUACAGUUUGUGAAGUAUCUAGAAGUCUUUGGAUGUUCAGUAUUCACACGGACCGACAUUGAGUCUGGAAAUUUGACAUCUGGGAUGUCUUGGAAAUGAAUGAAUAAAAGAACAUACGUUGGAAUGUACUGUAAAGCUAGAGGAUAUGAAGGAUUGUAGUCAUAAUGUCUUCUGCAAGAUUUUUUGACAAAAAAUGUAAAAAACAAACAAAAAAACAACGUAUUACUAAAGCAAUAUUUGGUCUUCUGAUGAAUUUUUGAUAUAUUAAUUCCCAACUAGCUUCCACUGUGCAAUGACAAUACAUUGUGCAUACUUGGUGGCCAAGAGACCACCAACUACAUAUCAUUGUUGAGCCUUAAAAACAAACAAAAAAAAUCAUGUUUGAUCUUCAUGAGUGAGACUGGAUUUCAAGAAAAUUGGGCACACAAGAAGAGGUAACAUGCUAAUCCUGACCUCCACCUACAGACAACUGAAUCGCAAAAAAAAAAUAAUACUGAGUAUAAGAUACAGAACAUCAAAUGUUACUAUUUAUCUUAUUAUCAUAAUUUGUUACUUUUUUAUGGCAUUUAAAACAUUAUGGGCCUCUUUUACUAACAAUGGAAAUAGGGUUAAGCAUAAAUAGGUUCAAAUUAGCGUCCAUAAAAAUUUUUUAUGAGAGCACUUGCACCAUGACAUUGUAAUGUUUAGUGGCAUUUGUUUAGCAUCUAGUUAUCCUGUGCCUUUGUACUGUACCUAGUGAAUAAUUGGGGUACAAGAUAAAGAACUCCAUGGUUUUAGGCAUACGUAAACCCUGUUUGACUGGGUGGUAAGUAAAGGAAAAGGAUCUAAAUUGUAGGACAUAUAAACAUAACUGAUGCUCAUACGCAAAUCGUACUUAAACUAUAAAAACUUUGGUGACACACAUGGCUCAUUGCUUGAGCCUAGCAGCUAGAGCAAAUUUUUUUAGGAAGCACAAUGCUGCUGCAAUUCAGUAUAAACAAAUCUGCAUUGUGCAUUAAAAACAUGAGGAAAUACACCAAUUUUUGCACUUUGUCCAUUUUAGUAAACCAGGCCCAACAUGUUUAAUCACUGUAUAUAAAAUCUCUGUUAGUUUACAACCUUUGUUUUCAUGUAUAUGUUAACUGUAAAAGGCAUACAUUUGAAAAUUCAUUGGGAAAAUAUUACUCUAAUUUUUUUAAAAAUGAGCAUUGCGUCUUUGAGCAGUUGCAUUUAAAAGGUUGUAAGACAGAAACUUUUUUUUUUCCAGAGAGAAAUUGUCAGUUUUAUAUUUCGUUAUGAACUACAGUAUGAUAUAUGGUGUUUUUUUUAUUACAAGCACAAACAUAUGGGAGUAAACAGGUUCAUGUGAAUAUUUAAAAUGUAUAAUUUGAGUUUUACACGCUACACUGUACAGUGACAGAAUCAUGCUUGUAGUUAUCCAGUGUUUUAGAGCAAAAUAAGUGUGUAUAUCAUUUAGGUGAUUAUGUUAUCAUUUCUUUUCUGUGAUAUGGAAAAUUAUGCACAGAAACAGUUGCACACAGCAGCGGCAGCAGCUCUAGUGGCUGUAAACAUAUUGAAUUUAUCAGUAGAAAUUGUAUGAUAAAUAUACGUAUUAAAUGCAGAUCAUUUUAAUUUUCUACUUUACUCUGAAGCUAUAUUAUCAUUUAUUUACUCCAUGUAUUGUAUUCAGAGAAACUCCUAUACUGUUUAAUACUUGUGAAAUAUAUUUUUAUAAAUAGUU